AUGGGCAAGAAUACCAAAGCAGCUGGCUCCGAGAGCGCAGACGGGGCUUUGCCCCCGUUGUCUGCUGGCGAUUUGCGAACAUAUAACCGCAUGGCAGACCAAAUGGAGGGCUUCCACAAUCACUUUCGAAUGGCAUGGAAUCAGCUCUGGGACGCCUGCGAUUCUACUGCGAAGCGGCCGGGCGGUCUUUCCGCGCGUCAAAUGAUCAUGACGGGUCUUCAGUUUUGCUCCCAGCUCGAUUUCCACCACUCAAUCGAAGAGCAGCACAUCUUCCCUGUUCUUGCGAAGAAAAUGCCCGAGUUUCGCAAAGAACUUGACCUUUUGAAGCAGCAUAAGCAGAUUCAUGCUGGUCUUGAGAAAUUGGAGUCUUAUCUCGAGAAAUGCCGUUCUGGCGAGGAGGAUAUGCGCCGUGAAGAGGUUAAGCGUCUGAUGGAGGGCUUUGGAGGAGUGCUGUGGAAGCAUUUGGAUGAAGAGGUUCAAACGCUUAAAGCUGAUAACAUGCGCAAGUACUGGUCACUGGAUGAGAUGCGACGACUGCCUAUGUAA